AUGUCGUUCCAGGAGAAGGCCCAGCACCAGAUCUCGCAGCUCGACAAAGAGCUGUCGAAGUACCCGGCCCUCGUGAACCUCGAGAAGCAGACCAAUGUGCCCAAGGUGUACGCCAUCCUCGGCGUCGCCGCCAUCUACUUCUUCCUGAUCUUCUUCAACAUUGCCGGCGAGUUCCUCGUGAACGUCAUCGGCUUCGCUCUGCCCGGCUACUACUCGCUGGACGCCCUCUUUUCGACCACCAAGGUCGAUGAUACUCAGUGGUUGACGUACUGGGUUGUCUUUGCUUUCUUCACCGUGUUUGAGAGCCUGGUCAAUGCUGUCUACUGGUUCCCCUUCUACUACACUUUCAAGUUUGUCUUGAUCCUCUGGAUGGCUCUGCCCCAGACCUCUGGUGCCCAGGUUGUCUUCCGCUCCUUCAUCCAGCCCGUGUUCGCCCGCUUCUUCUCGCAGAGCGGCUCCACCGCUGCCAACCUCCGCGCUGCCGCCGACCAGGCCAAGGCCGAGUAA